AUGCAGACCCCAGGCAGGUCAUCGUCGACACCCAUACGAGCAAUUACGUCAAAAAUAUCUACCCGCUCAGCACCGCCAUUACCACCGGCAUCGCAGACGUAUGAACCUCUGGUUAAAGCUAUUCUGCGCCACCGCUUGCUGUACAACAUUUUUCUCUGGUCCUUGUUCUCGGCAUGGGUCCUGACGGCUUGGUGGUCGACAUGGUGUCAAGGAAGGGUGGAAAUUUUAUCAGCUGUCGGCAAUGUACUUGCACCGAAAACAUUAGCAUUCACGCUGGCGACUUGGAUGUCGGCCGUCUUACCUGCCGUUGUUCUGCGAAAUAGGUAUAUGACAGUGAUCCCUACCGUGGCACCCUCUCCCUCGAAGACCUUCCGCAAUGCGCUUGCCAAGCGCAGUACUUCUCAUGCUCUCCUCACGUAUAUCAAUUCCGCCAUCUCGCUUGGGAUCAUCCAUGUCUUGAUGAAUUACACCUAUGAGUCUGCCGCUAGCGGUAGCCCACGUCUUACACUGUUUGUAAAAUCGAAAAAGCACCCAUAUUACCUUAAUGGUGCUGUACUGUACCUUUUCUGGUCGCAAACGACGUUAGCACUAGCAUAUCUUCUGCGUGAUAUUCUCCUUGACCGUUUUGCGAUCCGUUGGCCGGACUCAUGGACGGUGCUGGCCGUCAAUCAUCAGAUGCAGUCUUUCCGUCUCGCGCAUAUAUUGACGUCGUCCGCUACUCUCCUGCUUUUCACAAUGUUCUGUACUGUGGGAAAUAUAGCCCUCUUUGGGCUCUCACGUUCAGUCGUCCUCCCACUGUUAUACACGCUGCCCAUCGUGCCUCGCAUCCUCCGACCGUUUUCCGCGCAUUUUCUGAGGGGUUCCUGGACGCUGCUUUUACUCCCGCGCCAUUUCUCGCUGGUCAUCCGGACCUUCUACCUUGGCUUAACAACUGUGGCCUUCUGGGAAUUCGCCGAGAGCUCGUAUCAUGAGGCGAUACACGUCUCACAUAACACAGCAGACCCUGCUUUGACCCUCGUCUCAGGCAUCACCUCGUCGGAUCCAUACUUCAAGCACUUGGCCUAUGCCGAGCUGAAGCAGUUGGCACGCGAGGAUUCUCCUGCCGCGAGUACGCGCCGCUCCGCACUCUUCGAAGACCAGAAAUACUAUCCGAACAUGUGGUCGUGCUUGGUGCGCGACGCCUUGUUGACCCUAGGGGAAGACUAUCAGCUUCUGCUACGGAGAGGGAAACCAGCGCCCCCACCAGUAGCAGCACCAGUACCAUCGAAGCCGGCCGUUGCGCCUCCAAUUCCUGCCACCCCGCUGAUUCGUGCGCCCAUCCUGAAAUCAUCGCCCGCUUCGCCUUUGCGUGCCGCACUUGACACGCUCGCUUCAGAUGGGCCGUUUUCCACCGUCGCCGCCUCCACUGAGGCCGGUGCUUCGCAGAUCCCCGAGCUCUUCCGCUCCGUCUUCCCCGCACAGCCUGCAAGAGAUUCUGCUUCGAGAGUGGUGAAGAAGGGGGAAGAGAAGAUCCUCGGGAUGUUUGAGCCCGUGAAGGCGUUGUGGAAAAGGCGGCUCAGUACCACCUUGCACCCCACCGCUCCACAGGCUGUCGUGGGUGCACUUGUGCAGGUCGGCGACUGGUGGACGAGGGAGAGGGUCAACAGGGUUGCGGAGAUGAGUUUGCCGAAUAGGCGUCUUGAUGCUCUGAUUGUUGACGUCUUGUGUCAUCUGACGUGCGCAUCGCUCACGGAGGACCUCUUUGGGGUCGUGCAGCGGGAUAUACCCAAGAUCAUCGAGGCUAUUCUAUCUUUCCUCACCGCGUUAGAGGAGUACCAGAUGGAGCUCAAUAAGCUAUAUAUCCCGCCUUCACCGGAAGAACUCGACAACUUGUCUGCCAAGGAGUUGGCCGCAAAGGCACGUCUCGCCGAAGAGGUCGCGCGGGCAGGCGACGUGUUAAGCGAAGUCACCGAUGUGCUCAAGGACGGCAUCGUGGAGAUCGUAAAGACGUUUGGGGAAAAGUUGGAGGCGUUCAAGUUUCCGCCUCGGAUAUCAUGGAAAUUGCAGGGCUUUGUCGACUAUAUUUAG